AUGGCAGACCCAUUUUCCAUCACCGGCAGCGCCGUCGGUGUCGUUUCCCUCGCCAUACAAGUCUGCAAAGGCCUGGAAUGGUACCUCAGUGGCGUGAAAGAAGCGAAGAACAAGGCUGAACAAAUCGCCGCGGAAACGGAGGAACUCGCAAACCUUCUCGAACAACUUGAAUCCGUCAUCGGGAAAGUGGAUCCUUCCCAGUCGGUUUCAGCAACACGCACCGGCAUCGUGUCGUGUGCGAAUGCUAUCGCGACCAUCAGGAAGAAGCUCAAACCAGACGACCAAGCAGCGAACAGCGGGAUCAAGUCGAGCUUAAAGAGGUUGACCAAGCGACUGGCUUUUCCAUUCAAGGAGGCGGACAUCACAUACUGGAAAGACGUUCUCAGCACCAUACAGCAAAGCCUACAGACUGCGCUACUCGCCCUUGUCAUCGACCAACAGCGGUUGGCUUCUGAGGAUGCUCGGUUGCACUACACCCAGCUAUCCGUGGACCAAAGCAUACGUCACUUCUCGAAUCUACAGCUGCAACGCGAUGUGUUUGAUGCAACAAGUCUUCAGCUCGCUGGACAAUCACACAUGCUCGAAUCGGGAUUUUCCGCCACGUCGCACAGUCUUCAAAGUCUCCAUAGCGGUAUACACAGUUUACAGGCAAAGCUCGACGAAAUAUCGCUCAUGGAGGAGUCUACACUUCAAACCGACGUGAUAAACCUCAGAUCGCUUCACCGGAAAGACCGAAGGCUGAAACGACGAUAUGCAAAACUCUCAUGUACAUGCCGACCGCAAACCUCAGCGCUUGGCUAUCGCACGGGACUGUUCGCUCUCACAUGUACACGAACGUCUACGCACGAUACAGGGUGUCCCCAAGCUCCACUCCAGAACGCGGUGACGGAUCUGCAACUUCAAGCUACAUUGUGUAGUCUUCUACUCGGGAAGAAAGUCUUGCUGUCGUUUCAACUAUCUUAUGGCGCUGGAUUGUCGGUCAAGCAGAAUUUGAAGUGUCAUCGCGUUGUUCAUUGGUCUCCUGCGUUCGAGUUUGCCAUGCCACUUGUCGAGUCUAGUUUCAAGAUGCCAAUGGAUACUUUUCGGGGCGAGGUCGAGAAAUUGUUGAGGAUGUUCCAGCUCAAACAAGCAGACUUCCAUACGGGACUCUUGGAGUUUCUAUUCGAACAAGAUCUGCAGAUAACACGGAAUACCUACAAAGUCGCAGCGCGCAAUAGCCAAGUACAGUUAGCAUUCUUCGCCGGGAUUCGCUACGAGAAUUUCGUCAGUCCCUUACUAGAUGACAGCGAGUUAUUAGAAGCAGUUGUCAUGAAGUCGGGCCAUCAACUCCGGGGUCUCUUACACCAGCCCAGGAUCUUGCACGCUCUGGAUACUGAGACGCUCACGGACGCCCUCGUUACGUCUACCGUUACUGACUGGGUGGAUGGCUGCAGAGUCCUGCUCGAUGCCAAUUUUAUUCCAUACCUGGGCGACCCAAUCUCUGCUACGCGGUACCGCAGGUGGAGUCUACUAUCAAUCUCGGCGGUUUUCAAUCGACUGGACAUGUUGCAGUUCUGGCUGGCACAGAGGGAGGAGUGCGACGAACAACAGCUCAAUCUGAUUGGCUACAUUGAGGACGCGCUCUCUCUCGCUCAGGGACCUAGAUCAGGAAUCCCCAUGAUGGACGUUAUCCAGCUCCUGUUGAGCCAUCUCAUCAAGCAAAGGCACGAGAACAGAAUUUCAGCGAGGGAUCUGGGUAACAUCAUGUUGUAUGCGCCUAACGUUACCGAGAAACGACAUGUUCUCUUCACGGGGGCAUUUCUCGAUCUGACUCUGUGGGUUGAGAAAGCGGCAAACACUCUCGAGCUUUCUCGACUUAUCCAUGGGUACAUCCGCCUCUUCGUGUUCUCGUAUUUGGAGAUAAGACAUACCUGCUGCGACAUUGGUCGCAUCCAGCACGAAGGCAAUCCUGAUUACAACAUACAACCAUACCCUCGGUAUGCUCCAAAAGAACUUCGGCGCAUAACCAACGAGGACGCACAUCUGCGCGCACGUCUCGAACAGCUAGUCCCCGAGCUUAUCACGCGACACGAGUCUUUCGGUGGAAAGCUCCAGGACUUCGUCAUCGAAGUUCUCAUUCCGACAAUGCGCAGGACUGCGAAGGAGUUGAAAGAAGAAGACAAGACACUGUACGCGGCGGGGCGACGAGAACUGGGCGUUGUAAUGGAUGAGGAUGAGGAUGAGGAUGAUUCCGAAGAGGAGAGUAGUGAAGUGGAAGAGGAAGAAAUGGACGCCGAAGAAGAGUCGGACGACGAGUAUUGA